UGGCCUCGAUGCUUCCCUCUGUUUCCUCUCUUGAUUGCUCUGCUUCCUCCCAUGGCCCUGCCGGAGCUGUCGCCGGAGGAGGAGGAGCAGGCGUGCUACCUGGCGCUGCAGCUCUCCUCCGCUGCUGUCCUUCCCAUGGUUCUCAAGACGGCCAUCGAGCUCGGCCUCCUCGAGAUGCUGGUGGAAGCCGGACCGACGGCCGCGCUGAGCUCCGAGGACCUUGCCACCCGCUUGCCGACCACCAACCCGUCGGCCGCGGACAUUAUCGAGCGCAUCCUCCGGUUGCUCGCAGCUAACGGCGUCGUCGACUGCGCCGCCGACGGCGGCCGCCGGAAGUACUCCGCCGCUCCAAUUUGCAAGUACUUGGUUCCAAACGACGACAGCGGCACGAUGGCUAAUCUAGUCCUGCUUAAUCAGGAUCCAGUCGUGAUCGACAUGUGGCGCUAUUUGACGGACUCCAUCUUGAACGGCGGCCACCCGGUGAUGGCGGCGUUCGGCAUGACGUCGUUCGAGUACCUAGGCCGAGAUCCUCGGUUCAAGAAGGUGUUCAACGACGCCAUGAAGGGCGCCUCCUCGCUCGUCAUGAAGAACAUACUGCGCCGCUACGACGGCUUCGCCGACGUGCAGGUGCUUGUCGACGUCGGCGGAAACACCGGUCGCAACCUCGACCUCAUCACCUCCUUCUACCCCCACAUCCACGGCAUCAACUUCGACCUCCCUCACGUCGUCGCUGACGCGCCGGCCCUCACCCGAGUGGAGCACUGCGGCGGAGACAUGUUCGAAGCCGUUCCCGCCGGCGACGCCAUCAUGUUAAAGUGGACUCUUCAUGAUUGGAGCGACGAGCACUGCGUGAAGAUACUUAAGAACUGCUCGAAGGCGCUGCCGGCGGAGAAAGGUAAAGUGGUGGUGUUCGAGUACGUUGUUCCGGCGGUGCCAGAAGCAACGCCAGAAGCCAAAUCCAUUUUCCAGCUGGACCUGUGCAUGGUGGCCUACAGCGUGGGCGGAAAAGAGAGAACAGUGGAGGAGUUCAGGGCGCUGGCGAAGGAAGCAGGAUUCUAUGGAUUCAACGCUCUUCCUGUGUUCGCCGGCACUUGGGUCUUGGAGUUCAUCAAGUAGAUCAAUUGUUCCUUCUGUUUGCUUUCAAAUAAGAAUUCCAUGGAUGGAUGAUCAUCAGUGUUUAGGAAAUGAAUCAGUGGGAUUUAAUACUAAAAUCGUGCAUUUUAUUUA